AUGCCAAGUAUUCCUUUAGUUGCUGAGCUCGGAGCAAAAUCUGAGGAAUUUCAGAUGCUUCUUAAUGGUACAACAGUUUCAACAAAUAUUGCCGGAAAGUUACGACCUUCUGUUUCCCCCAAAGUCCUUUUUACUCAACAAGAUUCUCGGAUAUUCGUUCGUGCGCGUCCUAUUAUUGAAUUUGAUAAACAGAGGCCUAAUGAUCAAAGUAUUGUACAAAAAGUUGAGAAUCACAGAGAUCUCGUGUUGAUGUGUCCGAAAAUUUCCCUUUCCGGCUCGUGUACUAUUGACCCUUGCGUAGUCAAUCUUGAUGGUGUUUUUGUUGGUGAUACUGAUGAUACAAAGAAAGUUUAUGAAGAAUCAUGUUCUCCUUUGGUUGCCUUUUCGGUUGAGGGUGCCUCCACUUGUAUUAUGUGCUACGGGCAGACCGGAAGUGGCAAAACUUAUACUAUAGCAGGUAUUUUUAAAUGUAUUUCUGAAGAUUUGAGUCCCUUCUUUAAAACACACGAUAUUCUAUUGACUGUGCUUGAAAUACAAUCAAGCAAAAAUAUAGAUCUACUAACUGGAAACGACGUCCAAGUUGCUGAGGAUGUUUCUGGUGAUUUAAAGCUUUUGGGAACUGAAGGGUUUGAAUGUUCAAGUGCUGAAAUGCUUAUGGCAGCAUUUGAAGAAGCUGUAUCGUUGCGCUCGACAAAAUCAACAGGCCGAAAUGAGACAUCCUCUCGAACUCACAUGGUUUCUUGCAUAUCAAUUGUAUCCAAGGAGUCACGGUGGGCCAGGGCUGGGGAUCUCUUUUUAGUUGAUCUUGCAGGAAGUGAAAAUACUGCAGAUAGCGCUACCCACGAUAAAGUUCGCCAGAUUGAGAUGAAGUUCAUCAAUAGCUCUUUGAUGACAUUAAAAGACUGCAUUCGCUCUAGGGCACUUGCUUCAACUAGUUCGCAGCAUUUACAUAUUCCUUAUAGACGGUCUCCUUUGACACUCCUACUCAGGGAUUGCUUUGAAAUUGCAGUUCGAAGACCAACGAAAACAGUUAUGAUUGCAUGUGUCUCACCACUUCUUCGAGACUCUCGCCAUACAAUUAAUACUCUUCGUUAUGCUUCACUUCUUGCUGUUACUCCACCUGCAAAGGUAAUUGCUAUUGACCCAAAUGAUCCAAAUGGAUUUGAUCGUUCUCAAGCAUUAAAAUUCCUUAUACAAAUAUCCAAAGGGUUAAUAACGAUACCAGAGGAUAUUUUACCUGAAGGUGAUGGAAGUACUCUGGUACAUUUACCAGAGGGUGAGUUUUUGCGUCGUGUCGCUGAAACACACCCUUCUAUCCCGGGAAAAAAAGCCAAGAUGAUAUAUACAGCUAUCUGGAAGAGAAUUGUGGAUGCACGAACAAAAGGCCGCAAGGUAAUGACAGAGGCUAAACGAAUGUCUCGAGGUCCUCGUUGUGCUAAUUAG